AUGACGACAAUCUGGGAGCCCCUGGACGUCUCUAAGGCCGAGAUACGCCUUCUCACGCUGUACCCGAGCAAUAAACUUACAGAUCGACCUGAGUGUUCACUCCGAAUUGUCUCAUUAAAUGAUAGACCUUAUUUCGAGGCCCUGUCAUAUGUCUGGGGUAAUCCAGAUGUUAAGGUUCCCAUACGGUUGAAUCAGCAACAGUGGUUUGUUACCCCAAACCUAGAAAGUGCCCUGAGGUACCUCAGACAUAAAGAUGAAAGCGUCGAUCUCUGGGUGGAUGCCAUCUGCAUUAAUCAACAGGAUCUGGAAGAGCGCAGUAACCAAGUGCAGUUGAUGGAACAGAUAUAUACUCAAGCAAGCGGAGUCAGAGCCUGGCUUGGUGAAAGUGAAUUCGGCGUCGAAGAAGCCUUCGAAUUACUGCAACAGGUGAGACAAAAGAAGGAAGCUAAAAAAAUGACCGUCAAAGGCGCUUCUUUGAAUGCAUCGCAUAUCGAAAAGGCGACCGGUCUUGCUCAAAGAGCUUGGUGGAAUCGUGUGUGGGUUCAGCAAGAGGCUAGCCUGAAUGAGAAAGUGACCAUACACUGCGGCAGCAUAUCGACAGACUUAAAUGAUAUUGCGCAUAUCGCAGACUUUGAUGUCGAUCGGCAAGUACAUGAUAUAGAGGGUCUAAGUGAUACGUGGCGUAAGUUUCGUGAGACUAGCCAGAAGAAUCUGAUGUAUGGGCGUGUAAAGCGAUGUGAGUCCGCGAGCAGCUUUCUUUACAACCUUGCGAGUGGUCUAAGCUUGGACGCCUCGGAUUCUCACGAUUACAUCUAUGGAUUCCUAGCCUUAGCCCCUUCUGAGCUUCGGAAAGUCAUCAAACCAGAUUACGGACAGUCUUCCGAACAGACCUUCAUCGACUUGGUUCUUGCAGUCUCAAGUGUCACGAGAAAUCUGCAGGUUCUGGACUUUUCCGGAAUCGACUUGCAGAGGGAUCCUGACCUGCCAACGUGGGCUCCAGAUUGGCGAAAGGUCACCGAUCAGAUUCCGCCACUGCACGAAGAAGAUUGUGGAACGCCCCCAAUAUGGUUGCUGGCGUCGAACGGAGUCUCGAUGGACUACGUUGGCAGGUAUCAUGAUUCAGAAAUGGAAUGCAGAAGAGUAACACCUGAAGACUGGUUGAUUUAUCGUGACUGUACAAAGAUGGUGAAAAAUAUUACACAUGGCUCUAAUUAUGACUUUACAACUUCAGAAGAUGACUUGUUGGCGUUUCGACUCGAUGUCAAUUCCGGCAGCGUGGGUCGCAAGCUUUUCAGGACAGACAAAGACUACAUUGGCGCUGGUCCCAUGGAGGCACGAGAAGGUGAUUGCGUAUACAUUCUGGCCGGCGGUUCAGUACCUUAUAUAUUGCGUCCGGUAGAGUCUGCUACUAGACUCGGCUCCUUCAGAUAUGUGGGGACAUCUUAUGUUCAUGGGAUCAUGGACGGAGAAGCUGUGAUUGGUGCAGAUGAUGCGUCGACGACCUCUCGGCAUGGCUGGAGUCAGGUGUUCCUUGAGUAG